GAAACGGAGCCACGAAACAGCGGAGAGCGGAGAGCGGAGCAGCACCAUGAGCCACCCGAACCCAGGCCUGCUUGGAGCCUAUAACAGUCUCACAGACAAACACCUGACCGGUUACUUCAACAACACGAGAAUACGAAGACACCUUCAAAAAGUGGGUCUGCUCAGCAGAAGUGGGCGGAUUAUUCCGGAAAAGGAGUACAGGCACAAACUGAUCCAGAGAGCCCACCAGAGACACAUUCGGGAAUGUCUGGCCCAGGCAAUCUUCCACAAGGUGCUGGACAUGGAACGUCUGCAUCAAAUAGAGAUCAAGAGAAAACUUGAGGAAUUUGCGAGAAGAGAAAGGGUGCACAAAAUUAAGGUGGAGCGCUCUAACAGGUAUGACGAGGAUCCUAUAAUGAUGCUUUCUCCACGGCCGCCAACUGGGCCGAAGAAUUCUCAUGCACAGCAUUCUGGCCCGGAAGUAGAGCACUCUGAGUCGACAGAAUCACCAGGCUCGUCCAGGCCGAACACGGCGCCAGGGAAGAUGCAGAGACCCGUUCGGCUGAAGCCUCUGAACAGCACCAGCACUCCGGGCUCUCUGAAGCGAAACUCGUCCCGUCAUAGGCACCAAGACUCCUCUAAUGAAACGGAUCACCCAUUCAGCUCACCGUUGGAAAGAGAUGCCGCGAGACAUCUGACCCUUACGGACUUCUCCAGCACUGUCUCACCCUACCGGCUCCCCGUCAUCAACAACUUUGUCACCCCUGUGCCUCCGCUGACCAAGAGGAAGGAGAAAGGGCCGAAAGCAAACGGGACACUGCGUGGUCGAAGGUUACGACCCACCACUGCUCCGAGUGCUGCAGACACACAGGAGGGCACCGUCCAUCGUGCGUCGGCUCAGAGCGCUGUUUCCGUGAAGAUGAUUUACUUUGGGAAAAGCGUUCAUCUGUCCCAUGACCUGAUGGACCUGAAGGACGAGGUGAAGGUCUUCCAGCAGCACUGCGGAGGGGAGAACCUCUGUGUUUACAAAGGAAGACUCAGAGAAGGAGAGACGUUCCAGUUUGUCUCUCGUCGUCACCGUGGUUUCCCCUUCAGCCUGACCUUCUUCCUGAACGGGCUGCAGGUGGAGCGCCUCAGCUCCUGCUGCGAGUUUAAACACAGGAAAGGCUCACGGCUCGGCGGGCGGCACGGUCACUUCGGCUUCACCGGGGUGGAGGGAGCAUCACCCUGCUACAGAUGCAUUAUUGCCAUGGGUUUGGACAAAAAACCCACUCCACCAAAGAGAGUGAAAGAGGACCCACUUCUGUCCAACUCUAAAGACGACGAAGAGGACGAGGAGGAGGAGAAGACUGAUCUCAGCCAACCUCAGGAAACUGAUACAAAAGGAGACGGCAAAGCUAAAAACGACUAUGAGGAAGACUUUGAGGCUGAUGAUGAAGGCCCUGUGGAAGACGGAGGAGACGAGGGGAAUGAAACAACACCUUCUCCGACCAGGGAGGAUGAGGAGGAAAGCAGAAAGAAGGACGAGAAUGAAAAUGAAGUGACAGAAAAGAAGCAAGACUCAGACAGUGAAGCUGGAGAUUCAGACAAAAGUAAGGUCAAACGGUCAUCGUCCGUCUCGUCUCAUCUGUCGAGCAGCUCGUCCAGCAGCGAAGAAGAUGAGAGCGAAGGUGGUCCAGAGCCAGGCAACGAAGAGGACGUCCCAGAAGGGAACGUGGAACCCGAGAGGCGCGAUUCUACAUUAACGUCAGAAAAAGACACCAAAGUAGAGGAGACGGAAGCCAUGGAGACCAGCUCUGUGUCUCUGCCUCAGCAAACCGAGGAAGAGUCGCAAACCCAGGACAGCUUGAUGGAAAAGAGUGAGGUGGAGAUAUCUGAAGACACGGAGAGGGACGAUGGAGCUGAAGCAGCUGAAGACCACGUCAAAGCUGAGGAUGAAGAAAAGGAGGUAGAACCAGAGAAAGCCAAGUCUGUGCAGGAGAAGUUGGCAGAAGCCAUUCUGAAUGUGGCUGAAUGCAGUUCUGAGCCAGAACUUAGUGAUACCACCACCGAGGAAGAUGAAGUAGCGUCCGUCAAGACCCAGCAGGACAGUCCAGGAGCAGAACCAGAAAGUGAAGCAGCACAGCAGCCAUCUGAGGAGGUUUCUAAAGACAAUGUAGCGGAACCUCUAGAGCCUGCACUCGAGGCCAAAACGGUAGAAGGAGAUGCAGAUACAGAGCAACCAACGGAGGAGCUAGAAGAAGAAACACAAGAACCACCACAGCCUGAGUCAAAAACAGAGGAAGAAGAGAUAAGUGCAGAGGUUAAUGAGGACACAAAUGAAAAGCAAGAGAAAGAGAGGGAUGAACAACCUGUUGGUGAGGAACAAAAUGAUUCAGUUGUUAUGUCUGCUGAGAUAGAUGACAAAGAGCAGGAGGAGGAGAAGGAGGAAGCUGGAAAAGAGGAGGAUAAAGCAAGUGAAGACCCUGAAAUGGCAGAAAGGCUUGACAAUGAAAAGAUGGAAGAGUUUAAAGCAGAGGAAUCAUUGGCACCAGAGAAAGAGGUUGAAAGUGAAAAUACAACGAAUGCUGAAGAAUCUGGAGACACUGCAGUGGAGGAACCAGAAUUAGCACAAACAGGGGAAGAGCUUGAGCCGAUGGAUGUGAUCACAGAGCCUCAGUCUGAGGACCCUGGAGAAACAGCUGUGGUUGACACUAAGAGUGUAGGCGAUGCUGAUGACAACACAAAUCAGGAAGCGGAGAUAAAGAGCGUGGAGCAAACAGAGAAUGCAGAGAAUGGAGGAGAAGGAACUGGGGAAGAAGCAUCUGCUGAAGACGAGGUCAAAGAGGAGGUCAGGGCAGUUGAAGAAGAAGCAGUUGGUGAGGUGGAUGGAGAAGAGAAGGAUGAUACUGAUGAAAUGAGAGGUGGAAAGAUUACAGAAGGCACGGAAGAGCCUGAGGAGGGCAAUCUGGAGAAUGAGGAUGAAGAGAAAGAUGAUGAGGAGACCAUUCGGGAUGAUCUAGAACAACAGAUCUCGGAGGAAGUUGAAGCGAGAGAAAACAACUUGGAGAUUAGUGAGGAAGGAAACACAUCAGAGGAGAAACAAGUUGAAGACAAAGUAGAGAAUGCGGAAGAUGCAGUGAACGACAGUGGACAGAAAGACACAGAAUCCACACUUGAGAAGGAUGCUGAAGCGGAAGAUGAGAGUAAAACUGGCGAAGACUGUAAAGACGCAGAUGACAAUAUUCCUGAGGAAGCAGUGAAGGAAACCGAGUCAGUAAAGGAGGAUGAACCUGAAGGUGGAGAAAGGACAGAGAAAGAGAGUGUAGACAAAGCAGAGGACGACGAUGGACAAGGAGGUACAGAAUCCACGGCAGAGAAAGAUGCUGAAGCGGAAGAUGAAAGUAGAUCUGACAGUGGUAAUAAACCAGAGGAAGGAGUAAAGGAACAUGAAUCAGUCAAGGAGGAUGAACCUGAAGAUGGAGAACAACCAGUGAAAGAGACUGAAUUAGAAGACCAAAGUGGGGAUGUAGCAGAAGAAGUGGAGAACUCUGCUGAUAACAAUGCAAAUGAAGACACAGAGGUGAAUGUGGAAGAAAGUAUAGCGGUAUCUGAGGAUAAGGGUGGAGAAGAGAAGACAGAAGAUGGAGAUGGUGAAGAUGAGGCAGAGGUGAAAGAAGGAUUGGCAAGCACCACUUUGGAGGAAACCACAGCAGACCAAGAUCCUGAAACAGAAGAAGUGGAAGCUACAAAUGAUGUGGCUGAAGAGGCAGAGGAAAGAAAAGAGGAUGAGGAGAUAGUCCAAGAAGAGGUGACUGAGGAUGGUGAAAAUACAGAGGAACAAAUCCCAGCAAGUGAAGGUAGUUUAGAGGUCAGUCAAACAGAAAACAAGCCAGAAGAGAUAGAAGUGGAGGACAACCUGGAAAAACCUAAAGAUGAUGCCAGUGACAGAGAAUCAGAAUCAGCAGUAGACAAAGAUGCUGAACCAGAAAGUGAAAGCAAGCCUAGUGAUGAUGCAGAUAACAAUACACCUGAGGAAGAAGUGAAGGACAAUGGAUCAAUAAAAGAGAAUGAAACUGAAAAUGAAGGACACCCAGAAGAAAAAGAAGGAGCUGUUGAAGAUAUGGAUGACAAGGAAGGUGGAGAAGAGAAUGCAGAAGUUGUUGGAGCCCAGGCAGAGCUGCAGGAAGGACUGGAAAAUGAUAAGAUGGAGCAAGAGGAGGACAACGAACAGAAAGAAGACUCAGAACCUACUGUCAAUGAUGAUCUACAAGAAGCCACAGCUGGUAGUGAAGUAAAGGCGGGUGAGAUGGACACAGAAACUGGAGAGAAGGUUGAGGGAGAGAUUGAAAAGGAAGAAGAAACUCCAGCAAAGUCAGAAGAAGGUGAGGCAACAUCUGAGGAUGGAAAGGAAGAGACCAUCCAAACAGAAACAGAGCAAGAUGCAACCAAUGAAGAAGGUGUUAAAGAUGAGCAGGAAGAUGACAAGGAGGAAGAAAUGGAAAAGGCUAGUAGCAAUGCUGAUGCUGAGGCUGAAGCCCCAUCAGAUGCCAAAAGUACUCCAGAAGAACAAGCAGACCCUGAGUCAGAAAUGAAGGGUACAGAAACUGACCUCGAAAACCAGGCUAAAGGAGCUAGCAUAGCAGGAGAUGACAAUCAAGCUGGCUUAACCGCUUUUGAAGAGACCAAACAGGAUGGUGCCGCUGAAGAUGCCACUGCAGAUGGAGAAGGCAGCAGUUCCUCUGCUUCACCUUCAGAGGAAUCACAGCCUGCUGAGAAAGUAAUGGCUCUCAAAAAAGAGGACAGGGAAUCUGCGUUCAGCGAAGACGCAGAGCUUCUUGCCACACCUCCUGCAGAUCAGGGAGAUCUUGUGAGUAAUUGGGUGAACAUUCACCAAGCCUCGAGGUAUUUUGAGACAUUUGUCGAGCCGCUGGAUGACAUAAAGAGCCUCGUCUCACAUGAGGGUGAAAGGAAGGUGAAUGGCGAGGCUGUAGAAGAAGAGGAAGAGACAAAACAUGAAAACGCCAAAGAUUCAGAGUCUGGAGGUAUGGAUAAGACAUCUGAGGCUGCCAAAGACGAGCAAGUCAAGAGUGACCUUGAAGACCUUGAGGACACUCUUGUAGAAAGCUUCAAAAUGGAGACGAAAGCUGAAGCCCUAGAGUCAGACGCUAGAAGCAAUCAGUCUAAAGAUACCACACCCAGGUCUGCUAAAAAUAUACCGGAAGACCAGGACGAUACAGGAGCACAGGAUCUUGUGCCCAAUACGGAGUCGUUGUUUACAUCUGGGGACCUGCAAGCUGCAGAUAGUAUCAUUAACCUAUCAGAGACACCAGUGACGAAGUUUGAGAUUAGCCAAGAUAGCUAACGCUCUAGAAGACCCUAACAAACCAGGUUGCUUAUCCAUUCCAAGUUCCCAGCUAAACACAUCAAACAGUUUUAAGUGUCACUCGUUUGACAUUCAUUUCCCAAACAGUAAACAAGGUUAAGCCGUCCGUUUGAAGAGUGAUUCUCUGUAUGCUGGUAUCCUAGGGAGGGUGUGACAGUACGAUAAUCAAAGUCUUCACAACCAAUAAUGAAUCUUAAAAUGGAAACUCCAAUCGGUAGUUCCCAAAACAGAACUAUGGCUAACAGAAGAGCGAGGGACAACGGAUCAAUAAAAGAGGAUGAAACUGAAGAUGAAGGAUGCCCAGGAGGAAGAAGAAGGAGCAGCUGAAGACUUGGAUGACAAGGAAGGUGGAGAAAAGAAUCAAUAGUGAAUGUGAAAAAUGGAAACUGAUGAAAACUCCAAUCAAUAGUUCCCGAAACAGAACUCUGGCUAACAGAGGAAAUGAAGUUUACCAAAACAACAUGAUUAAGGCACAUAUUGUAUGUUUUAGAAUUAGCAUUUUUUUUUCCUUAUUUGAGAGUCCCUGAGUUCCUCAUUGAGGCUGACCAUGUCAUUUUUUGCAAAUGUCAAACAGAUGGAAGCAGAAUUCAUUUUCUUCAUAUAAGACUAAUGAUUUGUCUAAAGAAUAAACUACCCAAAAAUAAAAUAAACAGCACUGGCCACUAUUUGGUACACCUACCUAGAGUCUACCUUCUAUCCACGUACAGACUGUAAUCCUUCUGUUUCUCUAUAAUAUAGAACUUGUUUUCAGGGCCCCCACUGGACCACUAAGCAGGUCUUAUUUGAGCACUGACAUGGUAGUGGGUGUUGAUUUGGUACAAGUGGAUCGGACCUUGGUCCACCUUGUUUCUGUGUAGUGUGUCUGUGUUAGUCUUUUUCUAGUCAUUCAUCAGUGGUCAAUUUCUGGCCUGAGGAUGCUGUUGGCCAAACGUUUUGGGUUGGCGGACAAUUCCCAGCCCAGCAGUUGUUCAAAAACUCCAACAAUGUGAUCUAAUGGUGGUCCUGUGAGGGUCCUGACCACUGAUAGAUGGGGCUAACAAAUUAUGCAAAGAAAGAAAUUGACUACAAUCUGCAACUGUAAAACUACAAAGUGCACUAUUGUAAAUGGACCUGAUAAACUGGACAGUGAGUGUAGAAACAGGGUUGUUGAAGUGGCCAGUGAGUGUGUCGGGCAAAGGUCACUGAGAAUUAAAUGCACAGGCUAAAGUCUUUGUACCUUGGGAUCCUGUGAAGACAAAAUGGCAUGGCAGGUGGACAAAUGUCUUCAUCAGACAAGUGACAGAAAGUAGAUCCGGGACUUACAAGGACACCUUUUCAUCCUAAACAGCUGUAUUAAUGAGUGGCCGUUCCAGUUUGUUUACGCCUCCUUUAGUGAAGCCAGCAUUGUCCUGCUCCACUAAUAGAGACAGAGUGUAUUGCAGCCUUAGUGGGGUGACAAUCAGCGGCCUUCCGAAAGCAGAUACCCCUGGAAGCGUUCAGCACAAAUAAUUCAAUUAUUCAUGCUGUGUAGCCCUCCUGCCACUCAACCACACACCAACACACUUCAUAGGCCUCUUCAGACACCCUCGUCUUCACCCAAACACGGACACGAAAGAAAACUUCAAAGAAAACUUCAAUGCCUGCACUUUUCUCUUUGAUCUCUUUAUCUGCUAUUAGAAAUCAAAGAUUUUUUAAUUACUGGGACAUGAAUGAUUCAAAAUCAUCGUUAAUGUAGUUAGAGAACAUUUUGUUCUUAUGAUUAUGCAUUUCAGAAGGUGGAGAAGGAAACUGCACUGAUAUCACUUUGAAAUUGUUUCUAUUAUGAUCUUUAACUUAUCUUUUGUUGUUACUAUAUGAUUUCAGAAAACUACGGGUACUUGAGCCUGAAGAAAUCAUGUUCCUACUGUGGUUAGGAUUAGGAUUAUGACCAAGCUGUUAAAACUGGUCCACUAAUUAGCUUUGGCCGU